AUGCCACCAACGCGGAAAUUCCCAACCUCCCGCCUCCACACAAUAAAAACCCACAAUGGUGCGGUAAAUGCAAUCUGCUUUUCCAGCCCACCAGGCACAUACCUGCUAACGGGCUCUUCUGACCGCUCCAUCCAUCUCUGCCGCGCCCUCCCGACCUCCUCCACCACCGUCUCCGCCACAACACCCGUCACCACCACUCCGAUCCAGCGGUACGCGAAGCAUGGCUACUCCGUGUUGGACCUCGCGGUAACGGCGGAUAAUGCCAAGUUUGCCAGUGUAGGUGGGGAUAAACAGGUUUUUUUGUGGGAUGUGGAGACGGGGACGACGGUGAGGAGGUGGAGUGGGCAUGAUGCGCGGGUUGAGGCGGUGGAGUUCGGGGCCGAGGCGGAUUCGAUUGUUGCGAGUGGAAGCGCCGACACAACCCUAAAACUCUGGGAUACGCGUUCCCUAACCUCAAAGCCCAUCCAAACACUCUCCGAAGCCCGCGACACCAUCUCCUCCCUUAGCAUCCACUUGCCCACCGCCAGCAUAAUAUCAGGCAGCUACGACGGACGAAUCCGCAGCUAUGAUUUGCGUAUGGGCAUGGUGAACGUGGACGUCAUGGGCCAUGAGGUGACGAGCGUGCGCUGCUCGGAGGAUGGCAAUGUCGUGCUGGCAUCGUGUCUAGAUAGCUGGAUUCGGAUGGUUGAUCGAGCGGAUGGCAGUGUGUUGAAAGGGUUUGGGGGUGGGGGAGGCAAGGCGGGGGCUGACCCUGCUACUCCUGCUAGUGGGGAUGGAGGGCCACGCUAUGUCAAUAGUUCGUUGCGGAUUAGAUCUUCAUUUGCGAAGGGGGAGGGCGUGGUGUUUAGUGGUGGGGAGACUGAUGAAAAUGAGAGUGCCAUAAAUGUCGAGAGCCAUGUAUUUGCAUGGGAUGUGUUGACUGGGGAUGUAAUUGCGAAGGUGGGCGUGGGCGAAGGGGUGAAGGCGGUUAGCUGUGUGGCGUGGAAUGAGAAAGCGGGUUGUUGGGCUGGCGGUUGUUCAGAUGGGACUGUUCAAGUAUUUGGAUGA